AUGGAUAACAUUGAGAAGUUGUUGAGUAGGUUAGGGUAUAAGGCUGAUUGUGUUAGGGUAUGGACAAAAGUUUUAGAAAUUCAAGAUGGUUUUUUUCUGAUUAGGAAAGAUGAUGAUGCUGUUGAUGAUUUUGCUCUAUACUUUAGUGCAAUGAAUGUGAAAGGAGAUUUGCAUGCUGUAGCUGCUCUGAGUUAUAGAAAGCAAAACCCUGAUGAAUUUGUUGAUGCUUGUUACACAAGAGAAAAGUUUGCACUAUGUUAUGGAUUUUCAGUAAGUCCAAUCAAUGGUCAAGAUAUGUGGCCAGAAGUUGAGAUGGAACCACCUCUACCACCUGCAUAUAAAAAUGGUCCUGGUAGACCUAAGAAGAUUAGGAUAAGAGAAAGUGGAGAGGAUGGUGCAAGGAAGAGAAGAUCUGGUGUUGCAUAUAAGUGCACCAAAUGUGAUAAUUUUGGUCACAAUGCUAUGACUUGUAAGGCUACCACUCAGGAUCCCAAUGCACUUAAAAGAAAGAGAAAACCUAAAAAAGGACAUGUGCCAACUGCAACUGAUAUGCCAACUGCAAAUGAUAUGCCAACUGCAUCUGAUAUGCCUGCCCCAACUGCAACUGAUAUGACUGUUCCAACAAAUGUGCCUGUUCCAACUGAUCCACAGCCUCCAACUGAUAUGCCUGUUCCAACUAUUAUGAGUCAAACAGGAUCUAGUGUGGCUGCCUCAAUCACAAAAUAA